UAAAAUGUUUGAUUUUCUUCAGAAUCAGAGAACAGUUCGAUUUGUCAUCGUCGUCGUUCUAUUACUCAUAAAUAAAUGUUGAAAUUAACGCAAGUUAUAAAAAUUGCCAUAAUUUUGGGAAUUUUUCUACAAACCUCUCAAUCUUAUAAAUUAUUCGAUGGAAGGCUGCAACCUGAGGGUAGGACCAAGUUCGAUGAUGAUUUGAGAGAAUUUAUGGAAUUUGUGAAACUACAAAUGCAAUGUGGCUACGAACAGGCUGGUGUGCCACCCCUGGCACCAUAUCAGCAGGAUUUUGCUAAGUUUGAUCUACAAGGUGGUGGUUGGAGUUUAAAAGGCAAUUUAACAAAUCUGGUGAUAACCGGUCUCAACGAGUUCGACAUUGUUGAACUGCAUUGGAAUAAUGUCUUGGCAAAAAUCACUUUUGAUUUUAAAUUCCCCUCUAUCUGGGCCCGUAGCGAGUCAUAUAAGUUAAACGCCGUCACAAGUAUGUUUGGUCCAGCUACUGGGUUCCAUGGUGAUGGUGUCUUUAGUUUGGAACUGAUAAAUCUUCGAGCCCGUGGCAGUUUCAAAUUGCGUCCCAAUUUAUCUGGUGGCCUCAUGGUCAAGGGCUUCAAUGCAAAACUUGAGCUGGAAUCUUCGAAAUCAAAGACUACUGGGAUUAUGGGCGGUAAAUUGAUUUACAACAAACUUUUCAAUUCAUGGAUUGAGGAGUUCAUUAAUUUGACCUUUGAGGAGGACAACUCGGAGGCUGUAAGUGCUUUUGUUGAAAAUUUGGUGGUGCCACCUUUGGAUGCUGCAUUGAAAAAUAUUUCUUUGGUGGAAUUGAUUGCCCUGAUUACGGGUUUGGCCCAGGAUGUUGUACCCACGGAUCCUAUUUGUUGAGUUGGUAAAUUUAUAUGUUUUAUUUUUGGUUUGUGUAGAUCAAUAAAGAAGUAUAAAAAAUGGAUUUCAA